CAAAUAUCCAUCAUUGGUUUGCGCUCGACGGCGUGCCAUGUUGAACCACCCGCUCACCGGUUGUGGAUGUGUCGGCUCUGGUGCGGGGUCCGCAGAGCCUCUGCGAGGUUGAUGCUUAAAGACAGAGAGAUGGCAAACGGUAAGAGGAGAAGAGAGGAGCAAUGUAACCGUAACAGUGCCUGUAUCAGUUUCCCGCUGCAAAUAUGCCGACACGCAUUUUCAUAACAGGCGGUACUGGGUACAUCACCGGUACUGUUCUCGAUACGCUUGUGAACCAGCGUCCGCAAUACGAGGUCACAGUGCUGCUUCGAACAGUCCCUGCCGGGUUCAAAGAGCGUUACCCGACGGUGAGGGUCGUCGAGGGCAACUUUGACGACUUUGACCUCAUUGCCGAGACAGCUUCCAAGUCGAAUAUCUCUAUCCAUGGAGGAAACUCAAAGCACCAGGGCGCGAUCAAGGCCCACAUUGCCGGCCUCCUCCGCCGCGACUCGACCUCCUUCUUCAUUCGCCUCGGCGGCACGGGCAUCAUCGCCGACUUCCUGACCGGGCCGUACGGCGAGCUCAACCCCAAGGUGUGGUCCGACAUCGACGAUCUCGACACCCUCACCUCGCUCCCGGACACGACGCCGCACCGCCCCGUGGAGAAGAUCAUCCAGGCCGCCGCGGAGGAGCACGGCGACAGGCUCAAGUGCGCCAUCAUCUGCGCCUCCGGCAUCUACGGCAAGGGCCGGGGCAUGGUGCGUCAGCAGAGCCUCUGGAUGCCCGACUUCUACUCCGAGGUCGUCAAGUUCGGCGCCACCUUUUACACAGGGACGGGGGGUAACAGUCGCGGAUGGACGCACAUCGACGAUCUGAUGGAGAUCUAUCUCGCUCUCGUCGACGAUGCCGCCCAGGGAGGCGGGGCCGCUGACUGGGGCAAGGCGGGGUACUAUUUCACAUGCAGCCACGAGGCCACCCAACUGGAGCUUGCGGUUGAAGGGGGAAAGAUCCUGAAGAAACACGGUCUAUUAGAGUCUGAGGUGCCCCAGCAGGUAUCCAUUGAGCAGAUCAAGGCCAUGGAUUGCGGGUCCAGCUGGCCUUGGGAAGGCAUAUAUACCUUUGCCUGCAACACCAGGGCUCGCGCCGACAGGGCAAAGAAAGUGCUUGGAUAUCAACCAAAGGCACCGACAGUGUUUGAGACGAUGGAGGAGGAUCUACUAGCCUGCCGUAAGUACUAGCCUGCCGUAAGUGAGCAGAACGGAUGGCGCUUCCUACAAGUCUGUAUCCUCAAAUGGCUUUUGGUGUGUUUGAAUUUCGUAUCGUAUAGCGGUAAUUACA